ACCUGCAGUGCAGUGGAAACUGCAGACAGUCCCUGCAGUUCCACUGCAGCCCUUGGAUGUAGUUUCAAGUGUGGGACCCAUUUUGUCUUUAAUGUCAAAAAGUAGAUCAAACGGCUCAUAAUUCCACUGCCUGCAGUAUACACUGCAGGCACCCCCAUUAUUCAGGGAAAAUAGAUAGGGUUUAGUAGUUUCUAUUCAAUCUGUUUCUUCAACCUACGGCUACGAACACCAUGAUUCGAGCGCUCUCUGCUUCAAACCAAUCAAAAUUCCUCUUCCUUCUUCUCAGACCCCAAAACCCCAUAACCAAUUCUUCCUCUCUUCGCCUUUGCACUACACCCACUUCGCAAUCACCAUAUCCAGGCAGUGAUGAUUCACUAAUUACCGAAGCUCUCCAACUUCUCCAAUCAUCGCAAGAUGAGUGGAACAAGACUGACCGUCUCCGUUGCCUCCUCUCCUCGGCUUCUUCUCCUCCUAGCGUUUCCAUUCAGAUCACUCGCCGCCUCCCCUCCUCGUCUCUCGCCCUCAGAUUCUUUGAUUAUCUGCGCGAAAGUUCCCCUUCAUUGGACACGGCUCUAUUGUCUUCCACCUUCCAAGCUGUUCUUGAACUCGCUAGCCGCGAACCCGAUGCUCAGACCAAGCUACCUGAGCUUUUCAAUACCUCUAAAGAGCAUAAUCUGCCGCUUACUAUCAAUGCUGCUACGCUGCUCAUGCGCUGCUUUUGGAGUUUUGGGAUGGUGGAUGAGUCGCUCGCUGUGUUCAAUGAACUCGACCCAUUUCUUAGAAACACCCACGUUCGCAAUGUGUUGAUCGGUUUGCUGCUGAAAUCGGGGCGUCUCCAUGAUGCGCUUCAUGUGCUUGAUGAAAUGCUCCAACCGGAAGCUGAGUGGAAGCCGGAUGAGAUUACUGCAGAUAUUGUCUUUUCUUCGUUGCUAAGGAGAGAAAGGUCACGGGGGAGUAUGGGGGAGGAGGAUAUUGUUGAAUUAGUAUUGAAGUUUGGUGAACAUGGCGUUUCCCCUAAUUCUGUAUGGCUCACAAAAUUGAUUGCUGGGCUGACUAGAAAUGGAAAGAUUGCACGAGCUUGGGAUCUUUUGAAUGAAAUGAUGAAAAUGGGCGCUAAAGUAGAAGUGGCAUCCUGCAAUGCACUUUUGACAGCUCUAGGAAGGCAUAGCGAGUUUAAGAAAAUGAAUGGGUUAAUGGAAAAGAUGAAGGAAAUGGAUAUUCAGCCCGAUGUUGUUACUUUUGGGAUUCUUAUAAAUCAUUCGUGCAAAUAUAGGAGGGUCGAUGAGGCGCUGGAGGUGUUUGAAAGGAUGAAUGGAGGGAAAGAGAGUGAUGCUAUUUCUGUUCGACCUGAUGUGAUUAUUUACAAUACUUUGAUAGAUGGAUUUUGCAAAGUGGGGAGGCAACAGGAAGGAUUGGGUUUGGUGGAAAGAAUGAGAAGCCAAACUGGUUGUGCCCCAAAUACUGUUACUUAUAAUUGCUUGAUUGAUGGGUUUGCCAAAGCUGGUGAGAUCGAGAAGGCGCGAGAGUUGUUUGAUCAGAUGAUCAAGGAAGGGGUUUUGCCAAAUGUGAUCACUCUAAACACUGUGGUUGAUGGUAUGUGCAGACAUGGCAGAAUCAGUGCCGCAGUUAAUUUCUUUAAUGAGAUGCAAAGCUUUGGUCUGAAAGGCAAUGCUACUACUUAUACUGUGUUAAUCAAUGCCUUUUGUAAUGUCAAUAAUAUUGACAAGGCAUUAGAAUUGUUUGAUCAAAUGUUGACAAAACGAUGCCCUCCGGAUGCAAUUGUUUACUAUACCCUGAUCUCUGGUCUGAGCCAAGCAGGAAGGUUGGAUGAUGCCAGCUCCAUUGCAUCAAAGGCAAAAGAGGCUGGUUAUGGCCUUGAUGUUGUUUGCUAUAAUACUCUGAUUGGAGGAUUUUGCAGGAAGAAUGAUAUCCACAGAGCUUUUGAGAUGAUCAAGGAAAUGGAGGAAGUUGGAGUGAAGCCUGAUUCUGUUACAUAUAACUCUUUAAUUUCCUUUUUCAGCAAAUCUGGGAAUUUAAGAACUGUCCAUAGAAUGUUGAAAAAAAUGAUUAAAGACGGUCUGGUUCCUACUGUUGUUACCUAUGGGGCUAUAAUUGAAUCGUAUUGCAUAAAAGGAAAAGUUGAUGAAGCCAUGACGGUUUUCGAAGAUAUGUGUUCUGCUUCAAAGGUUCCACCCAACACUGUAAUAUACAAUAUCCUGAUAAACGCGCUGUGUAAGAAUAAUGAUAUAGAACAAGCUCUGUUCUUAAUGGAUCAGAUGAAAUUAAAGAGAGUGAGGCCAAAUACCACCACAUAUAAUGCUAUGUUCAAAUGUCUUAAGGAAAAGAAAUGGUUGGAGAAAGCAUUUGAAUUGAUGGAUGGAAUGAUUGAGCAGGCGUGUAAUCCAGAUUACAUAACCAUGGAAAUACUUACAGAGUGGCUAUCGGCUGUUGGUGAGACACAUAAAUUGAGAAGGUUUGUGCAAGGAUUCCAGGUUCAAGCUUAAGCUUCUACUGCCUACAGAUCUAUGGGUACAACAGUUGUCAGUAGUGCAGAAAAUUUUGAUCAUAUUGAUGUUGCGAAUCUUCCUGCUUCUCUUUUUGGCGUUUAAGUUGUUUCAUAAUAUAGUUUACUUUAUGAGUUGUCUCUUCUACAAAGAUUUCUACACAUCUUUAUAAUAUUGAGAUGCCUUUGUUGCUGGUGAAUGCUCAUCUGUCUGGACAUUUUCCCUAUCUUUGGGUUCUCCAUUUUUUUUUCUUAUGUCAAAUUAUUGCACUUCUAAAAUUCUUGAGCAGGUAGAAUGGGUACUAUCGGCUGAACAAAAAGCAAUGGAUUACAGGUCUCUGAUAAUGGAAUUUCUUCUGAUCAUCGUUCAACAAGUGCCUGCUAGGGUACAGCCUACUUGACAAACUCAGAGCCUCUUGAACUUUGCAAGCCGAUGUCUGAAGGAUUUCUUGAAAAUGCUGGGGGAUGUUGCACAUCUUUCCCAUGUACUUGAGGCUGCAUUUCCCAUGGUAGAAGGUCUUAACAAGCAAGCAUUCCUCUCUGAAAUGAGAGGACUACGACCUUGCAUCUAGACUUUCAGAGUGGCUGUAGUAUACGAUAUCCUGAUAGAAUUGGUGGGUGGUUGGAAAGCAUUGGAAUCAAUGGAUAGAAUGAUUGAGCAAGCUUGUCAGCAGUUGGUGAGACAGAUAAAAAUCGAGAAACUUUGCGCAAAGGAUACCAGGUCUAAGCUAGCCUUCUGCAAGAAGUGGACGUAGGAGUCUGGUCAAAUUGAUGUUGCAAUGUGCUCCACAACGUAUCCUCGUCGGACGCUCAGGAAUUAAACAGAAUGGAGUUAGAGAUACCAUAAUCCCAAUUCAUGACUUCAUGUUGGUUCUUAGGCGAGAUGUUAUAUAGAAUGAUUCAUGUAAUGAUGCAACCAAAGAGGGAAGUGAUCACUUCUUGUCUGAACUCCAUUCCUAGUACAUUUUUUUACGUUUUCUUC